AGACGAAAAUGAACGAAGUACGCCUCGGGAGCAUCGUCGGUGAACAUGGCGGCCAAGGCGCUCCGGCAGCGCAGCAGGCGAGGCGGCAGACAGGACGCGAACAGCGUGCAUGUCUCCGCCGAAGCCCGGACACCGAAAGAGGAGAAAGGCGGCGACGACCCUAAAACCACAGAGACCCGGCAAGAGUCAAUAAGUCGCGGGGGGCAGGUCUGGGCUCCGGAGGGUUCCACUGCUUUUAAGUGUCUGCUCUCUGCACGUUUCUGUGCAGCUCUGCUCAGCAACAUCUCGGACUGCGAUGAAACCUUCAACUACUGGGAGCCUAUGCACUACCUGCUGUACGGCACAGGGAUGCAAACGUGGGAAUAUUCUCCAUUGUACGCCAUCAGAUCUUAUGCUUACUUAUGGCUACAUGCUCUCCCUGCUUGUUUGCAUGCCCAUGUUCUACAGACAAACAAGGUGCUGGUGUUCUACUUUGUACGAUGUGUGUUGGCCUUCACCUGCUGUGUCUGUGAACUCUAUUUCUACAAGGCAGUUUGUAAGAAGUUCGGCUUGCACGUGGGCCGUCUGAUGUUGGCGUUCCUUGUCCUCGGCACAGGAAUGUUCUGCUCAUCUGCAGCCUUCCUACCUUCCUCUUUCUGUAUGUAUACAACGCUGGUAGCCAUGACGGGGUGGUUUCAGGACUCAACGCCGUUAGCCAUUGCAGGUGUGGCUGCCGGUGCCAUUGUCGGAUGGCCGUUCUCUGCUCUGAUCGGGAUUCCAAUUGCCUUUGACCUGCUGGUGAUAAAGAGGGAGUGGAAAGGUUUUAUCACCUGGUCGCUCAUUGCUCUGACUCUACUGCUGGUUCCACUGGUGGUAGUCGACUCUUUCUUCUAUGGAAAACUGGUCAUUGCUCCACUCAACAUUCUAUUGUACAAUGUCUUCACAUCACAUGGACCUGAUCUUUAUGGUACAGAGCCGUGGCAUUUCUACUUUGUAAAUGGGAUCCUGAACUUCAAUCUGGUGUUUGCUCUGGCGCUGUUUUCACUUCCACUCACCGCUCUCAUGGAGACACUGUUACAUAGGUUCAAUGUGCAGAACCUGGGCCGUCCUUACUGGCUGACUCUGUCUCCCAUGUAUCUCUGGAUGUUGGUUUUCUUCACCAGAUCUCAUAAAGAAGAACGUUUCCUCUUCCCCAUCUACCCUCUCAUCUGUCUCAGCGGGGCAGUAGCCCUCUCCUCUCUACAGAAAUGCUACCACUUCCUGUUCCAGCGAUACCGGCUGGAGCAUUACACGGUCUCCUCCAACUGGCUGGCUCUGAGUUCUGUUCUGGUCUUUGCAGUGUUGUCGCUGUCUCGCUCCGUCGCUCUCUUCAAAGGUUACCAUGCCCCUCUGGACCUGUACCCAGAGUUUCACCGCAUUGCCAAGGAUCCGACUCUUCACUCAGUCCCUGAAGGCAGACCAGUCACUGUGUGUGUGGGCAAAGAGUGGCACCGCUUCCCGAGCAGCUUCCUACUGCCACACAACUGGCAACUGCAUUUCAUUCAGUCUGAGUUUAAGGGGCAGCUGCCUCAGCCAUACGCCUCUGGUCCUCAGGCCACGCAGCUCAUCCCAGAUAAUAUGAAUGACCAGAACCUGGAGGAGCCUAGUAGAUAUGUGGAUAUACGGCAGUGCCACUACCUAGUAGACCUGGACUUGGAAGAAGAGACACCGCUCGAGCCACGUUAUUCAGCCAACAAAGAGGAGUGGAACGUCAUCGCCUUUAAGCCCUUUCUUCAAGCAUCAAGGUCUUCUCCUCUCAUCAGGGCCUUCUACAUUCCAUUUAUAUCAAACCAUCACACCACCUACAGGCGCUACGUCAUCUUGAAACCCCGGCGACAAAAGCAGCCUCGUAAGCGUACGCACGGCUGACCUUUGAACCUCAGCCCCGCCCCAAGUCCUGACCACUGAAAUCAAUGACUUCCCCUGCGACAAAACUGGUAUUUGUGUGUGAUUGAUGGACGUGUUUGGAAGUAUUUGUCUCGUGACACAAUCGAAGAUAUCGGACCCUUUAAGGACAUUACGUCUGUGUGUGUAAUUGAAUGUAUUAUAGUUGACGCAAACUACAAGAUUUUUGCCCAGGACGUUACACACAAAUGUCCUUUUUUUAUACAUCACUUGAAAACGUGGCCUGGAAGAAUUUUUCUGAACAAUGUGUAUGUGAAAUAUUGUAGUGUUUGCUCAUCUGCAGUUGAACAGUGUUUUCCUGUGUGUGCUGUUGAGUGUGAGCGUUUAGAUGAACAGAGACAAAAGUAUGUUCUUAAUUUAAGUUGACAUGAAUAAAACACGACUGACUGUGAAUACGA